AUGGAGGUUCUUCGGUUGGCCUUCGUCUCUCCAGAGAUCAAUCCGAACAACAGAAAGGCCAAAUCCAUUCCAUUCUUCAAUCCCUUCGAUAAGUAUGGCAGGGUCUACUUUUUCUCAUGGCUUGGGUUCAUGGUAGCAUUCCUGUCAUGGUAUGCGUUUCCGCCUUUGUUGACCGACACAAUCAAACAAGAUUUGAAAAUGACACAAGUUGAUAUCGCAAAUUCCAACAUCGUUGCGCUUCUAGCUACGUUCCUAGUACGAUUCGUUGCCGGUCCAUUAUGUGAUCGUUUUGGUCCACGCUUGGUGUUUGUGGGAUUAUUGAUCGGGGGUUCGAUUCCCACAGCCAUGGCUGGACUGGUCACUACUCCUUCCGGCUUGAUUGCCCUACGCUUCUUCGUUGGCAUCCUGGGUGCCACUUUCGUGCCGUGCCAGGUGUGGUGUACUGGCUUCUUCGACAAGAAUAUUGUAGGCACAGCGAAUGCUUUGGCUGCUGGCUGGGGGAAUGCUGGAGGAGGCAUCACAUACUUCGUGAUGCCUGCUAUCUUCGAUUCCCUUGUCCACUCUCAAGGUCUAAGUGCGCACAAGGCCUGGCGUGUGGCGUACAUUGUCCCAUUUGUCCUCAUCAACGUUAUUGCACUGGCCAUGCUCUUCACUUGCGAAGACACCCCAACGGGCAAGUGGUCUGAACGCCAGAUUUGGAUGAAGGAGGAACAUACGACGGGCUCCGAAAACGUGAUCGACCUUGAUACACAGUCCCCCGAUGGUCCAUCUGGUUCGCCAUCUGUCAUGAACGUCCCUACCGAUAUCGAGAAAAAGGGGGCCCAGACGCCAGUGACCAUCGACCGGGAGGCUCAAACAGGCCAGGUUGACUUCUACAACCGGGAAGUUGUCGUCGCUCCUACGUUCAAGGAAGCCCUGGGAGUGAUAUUCAGCCUGUCGACGAUGGCUGUCGCCCUUCCCUACGCCUGCUCUUUCGGCACCGAGCUUGCCCUCGACUCUAUCCUGGGCUCUUACUACACUGACAACUUCCCCAAUCUGGGCCAGACCCGCUCCGGCCAGUGGGCCGCCAUGUUCGGUCUGCUCAAUGUGGUGUUCCGUCCCGCCGGCGGUCUCGUUGCCGAUUUCCUCUACAAGCGUACCAACUCCAUCUGGGCGAAGAAGAUCUGGCUCGUCUCCCUGAGCAUCAUCAUGGGCGCCUUCCUUCUGGCAAUCGGGCUCACAGACCCUAAAUCUCAAUCCACCAUGUUCGGGUUGGCUGCCGGGCUCGCCUUCUUCACCGAGGCAGCCAACGGUGCCAAUUUCGCCGUCGUCCCUCACGUCCACCCAUUCGCUAAUGGAAUCGUUUCCGGUGCUGUCGGUGGCAUGGGCAACUUUGGGGGAAUCAUCUUCGCCAUUGUCUUCCGCUACAAUGGCACCAACUAUGCUCGCGGCAUGUGGAUCAUCGGUGUGAUCUCGCUGGGCGUCAAUCUUUCCAUGAGCUGGGUUCGCCCCAUGCCUCGCAGCGAAAUGCCUUAA